UGGAUUUUUCAAAUCGCACAUCGGCGAGGACAUCGCCUCUCUCUUUUGCUUACUUCGCUAUAAACCCUAAGUUUCUAGGAAAUGGCAGAAGAAAACUUUGAUGGACAAGAGACAGAAGUGAUGCCUGAAAACUCUGUUCCUGUAGAAGUUGAAGUGUCUGAGAAUGAAGAAAGUGAGGAGGUAGAAACUGAAAUUACCGAGAAGGAACAAGGAGAUGCUGCCAUGGAAAUCCCUGCAGAAAAGAAAUGGCCUGGAUGGCCUGGAGAGAAUGUUUUUAGGUUGUUGGUCCCUGUGCACAAGGUUGGCACCAUAAUUGGUCGCAAGGGAGAGUACAUAAAGAAAACUUGUGAAGAAACAAAGGCCCGCAUCAAGAUUCUUGAUGGGCCUCCUGGGACUAUGGAAAGAUGUGUAAGUUUAUUAACAAAUUUCUUUAUUUUGAAAUUGAAAUUGCAAUUGGUUGCUGCAUGCAUGGUAGAGUUCUGUUGGAUGGAAUUGAUCAAUAUCAUUUUGGUACAUCAUGAAUUUUAAAUCUGCUUCAACUUAUGUCUAAAAUUAUCUGUAUAGUGUAUUAGUGUGUAAUUGUGUAUUUGAAACAGAAAAGCAAGUAUCCUAACGAUGUUGAAAGUAAAAUAUAACUAUAAUUACAAGAAUGUUACCUUGUCACAUCAAUCAUUCUUUAUGAAUUUUAUCAAAUACCAACAGAAAGACCUUUCUGUUUGUGUGUCUACAACUAAGUUUCAGUUCAAUAAGCUUUAAAACACAAUACCUUAAUACCACGAUCCUUGAAAUAAUUUGGUAAAAGAAGAGUAUAUACUGAUACGAGGAUGAUUUACCAACCAAUAAUAGGUAGACAAUCUUAAGUAACAAUAUCAACAUAAAGUUUGUAUAUAAUGCAAUAGAAGAAGUAUAUGGAAAAGUUGAAACUAAAAAAAAAAAAACAACACUCAGACCUUAAGGAAACAAGUUUAUUAUAUCACAAUGACUAGGUGAAUAUGUGCAGGUUCUCUCAAAUAUAAGGCAACAUUUCAAUUGUCAAAGUGGUUUCAUUUAGAAGAGCCAAAGAUCCAGAAGUGCUGAAAAGUCACUCUGAAUAAAUGUCCGAAGUACCCCUGGCGGAUGUCACUACCAAAAAGCUUCCUAUGUCAUCUGGUCUUGAUUUCUGCAAAAGAGGAACCAGAUGCUUCGAUUCCUCCUGCAAUGGAUGGCUUACUGAAAAUCCAUAAACGUGUAACGGAUGUGGAUGCUGAUCCUACUCAUCCGCCAGCUGGAGGUACAAUCAGCACAAGGCUACUUGUGGCUGCCACACAAGCAGGAAACUUGAUAGGAAAGCAGGGUGCCACCAUAAAAACCAUCCAAGAUUCUUCCGGUUGUGUAAUUCGAGUGCUCGGACAAGAAAACCUCCCUGUAAUUGCUCUGCCUGAUGAUAGUGUUGUGGAGGUGCAAGGGGAACGUGAAGGUGUACACAAGGCGGUUGAACUCAUUGCUUCACAUUUAAGAAAGUUUUUAGUUGACCGCAGUGUCAUCGGGAUAUUUGAAAAACAGAUGCAAAUGCCAAGUGGCAGGGGAAACCAGGAGAUGGCGGCGGCUCCCCAACCAUGGGCGGCACCACCAGCACCACCGGCUCAAAAUUUUCCAGGUGGUGGGCCGGGAUACAGACCGGCACAAUUCAUGCCACCUCAGCAUCAGUUUGACAACUACUAUCCACCUCCAGCAAUGGAUAACCAGCCACCACGGCAGCUUCCGCCAUCAUAUGGCAGAGACACCGCCAGUAUGGGAAUGCAUAUGGCGCAACAGGAGUUGAUGGUGAGUAAGGUGUCACAGAACAUGCAGGUUCCGCUGACAUAUGCGGAUGCGGUUAUCGGGACAUCGGGAGCUAAUAUAAGUUAUAUACGGCGUGCAAGUGGGGCCACGAUUGCAAUUCAAGAAUCUCGCGGGAAUCCCGAUGAAAUGACGGUUGAGAUUAAUGGAUCCGCUUCACAGGUUCAGACAGCUCAGCAGUUGAUUCACAACUUCAUGGCUGAUGCUGCACAGAAUCCAACUGCUGCUGCUGCUGCUGCACCACCGGUGGUGGCUACUACCCAAGGCGUCGGUGGUGGGUAUAACCAGUAUCCUGGUUACCCGUCUCAGCCUGCGCCACCUGGACAUCCACCUGCUGCUGGUGGAGAUUAUGGCAGCGCCCCCAUGUAUGGGGGCAGUUAUGGGUACUAGAAGGCGGUCACAGUUUCUGUUGUAUCCAAGAUGCCUUGUUUUGUUUAGAUAGUCGGUUGGCUAUUUGAUGAUUUGAUAAUACUGAAUACAAAGUGUUCGUUUUUUUUUUUUCUUCCGUAGUGGAUUAUUUAUUUAGUGUGUGAUUUUUGUUUGAAUGAUGGUUUUCUGUUUAUGGGCAUUACAUCCAUUUGUUUUGGUUGUUUUAUUUAUUUAUUUAUUAUUGGG